AUGACAUCUGAUCCAGAGCCUCUGGUGCAUUAAUCUGCCACUUCCAUGUAUAAAAAAGUCCAGACAUUUCUAAUCUUUCUGUGCCAACUUCCAUCUCAACUCAUCCUCAUCCGAACUCUUCCAAGUCUAACCUUCUUCCUAAAGAGAUUGACUAAGCUAUCAUGCUUCUUCAGCACUUCUCCAGCGCUCUGAGCUCACUUGCUCUCGUUGGGCACUCCCUCAGCGCCACCGUACCCAAUGUCACUGACACAUCAUCCUUCGAACUCUCCCCCAACAUCACCUUAGCAGAAAACGACAUGUCCAUCCAAUCCGGCUGCGACCAAGGCCAUUUCCCAGACAAUCAAAAAGAGAAAUGGGAUUUCCUCCAAGUCAUAACUCCCUAUAUCCCACGAGUAGGCAUUCGUAUCGACAGAACAGAUGCCGCGAAUGCAGCGCUUACGUCCUCGGCUACCCUGGCGAUGGAUGUGCGAACUUCUAUAACUGCGAGUGGUCUAAGUCUCAGGAAGUUUGUGUUGAUGUCAAGAAGAUGCGAUCGCACUGGAAGGGUCCUGGAGGGAAAGUAUGUUAUACGCUGAAGAUGACUGAGCAUUCGGGCUGUGUUGCUAAGGAUGGGUAUCCUGCUAUUGGGAGGGUGUAUUUGCCUACCAAGGUCAAGUGCACUUGGUGAGGGUUGGACUUCCACGGAAUUUUGGGAAUGUAU